CAGGUGACCCAGGGAGUCUGUGAUUGUCAGCCCUGAGAUAUCUUAUGUGGGUGUCUUUAAAAGUACUGAAGAAACAAACUUUAUUGACAAUGAGCAGACUUGUAUGCAUGCAGAUUAAUGUUUAAUUAACGAGAUCUUUAUAGUUGUAAAUUAGAAUGUCUAGUGACCAGUCUUCCAGCCUAUCCAGUAUCCACUCAGACACUGCCAGACAAGGAUGUAAAAUAUGGGGCGGUGAACUGAGUGCAUCAAGAAAGACAUGCAAGUUUGAGUCUGAAGAAGACAACAUGAUACACUUACUAAGCCUGUGGACGAUUUGCCUUGGGGGUACAACGAAGGAGGAAAUGCAUGUUAUUGCAGUGGAGGGCGAACAAACCCAAGGAAAACAAAUUGUCAUUGCUUCUCUACAGCCUUCACUGCAGCCAAUGUGGGGUGGGAAGCUUGAAGAUGUGAUGGGUAUAUGUCAGGUUAAUGUACAUGAUAUAGAAAUCACUCCUCCUGUUACAUUCAUUCUAAUGUCUGGAAGUGGACCGGUGUACAUAUCAGGACAGGAUAUAUUAGUGGACGACCAGUUGGACAAUUUAGCACCGGAAGAAGACCCAAGCUUUGAAAACGCGAUCCUGAAAUGCAAGAACCUCAUCUUUAUGAGAUCCUGAACAACUAUCCUCUUGCCAACAUAGCACUCUGCAUGCUUUCAAAAUUGUGAUUGAUUAGUAAUAAUGUGCCAGACCUUGCUCCUAUAAUACCUAGUUUAUAAAGAAAAUCUAUUUGGCAUAACUUCAGAAGUGACUUUCUGGCACAUUUUGACAUAUGCUGUAGUAUGGCUUGGCAUGUAUUCUAGUUUUCAUGCUCUGCGGUAUUUUACAUGCAUUACAGCAAGACAGGCUAAAACUUGCAUUUGUUUAGUGCUAUACAUUAAGAAAAUUAAAACCUUGUACAUGGUAAAGUUUAAAAUAAAGUUGGUGGUAGUACUGGA